AUGACGACAACCAACAAUAAAGGCAACCUGUUGUUAGAGCAACAACAAUCAACAACUCUAGAUAAUCAUCACCAUCACAAUAAUCAUCAUCAUUAUAAUUACCAGCCUCCCAAUUACCAUCACCAAUAUCCGACGUCAUCAUCAAGUAACACCUCUGUUGUUGCAUCAAAUAAUAAUACUAAUAACAACAACACGGCAACCACAACGGAAGAAACCUUCAUGCGAGUCGGUGUUAAUCAUCAUCACAAUUUUUCUCUUGUUUCUUCGACAACUUUUCCCGCCAAUCAAAAUUACAACAAAAACAACCCAAUAUCAUCACCACAACUUCAACAAUAUGUAACAACAUCAAGCACGAGUGGUCCUUAUAAUAUUUCAAGAGCUAAUAGUGCUAAUAAUUUAACAAUUAAUAAUGUUGGUAAUGUUAAUAAUAAUAAUCAAGGAACUAAUUUGGUUCAAUCGGGAUUGCCACCCACUCAAAGUAAAUCAAAAUUAAUUGAUGAUGAGAGUAGUCAGAGUCAUCAUGAUCAUAUUGCACCCUCAUCCUAUAGAGGAUUGCCUUCAUUUCAAUUAUUUAUGAAUAAUAAUAGUAAUAAUAACUCAUCAAAUUCUACAUCACCUGUUUCACCUGCUGGUUCAGGUGGAGGUACAUCACAAGGAGGUUUAUCAUCACUGAAUCAAUCAUCAUCGGCUGGAGUUUCUCCAAAUAAUCAAAUGAUUGCCUAUGAGAGACAUCGAUCCCAUUCAAAGAAGAAUAGUGGAGUUUCUCCUCGAAAUACUCAACAACCAAUUCCUUCAAUGCCUCAUCAGGUGACUUCACCAUCAUCGACUACAUUUAAUUUAUCUCCUAGAAAUCAGCAGCCACAACAACAGAUCAACCAAAGUACUUCUACUCAACCGAUUGCGAAAGAGAAUGUUGUUAUUCCAAAGAAGAGUCCACAUUUUAUCAAAAAUUCACCUAUUGGAAUAGAUAAUAGAAAGAAUGUGAAUAAUAGUUUGGGAACAUCAACAAAUUCAACUGUUUGGUCAUCAUUUUCUUCAUCUCCUCCAAUUGGUGACAAUAUUAAUCCGAGUGCAAUAUUUUCCAGUUCUCCGUUCCCUAAAGGUCCAGUUAUUACUUCCAAGUUGAGAAUUGAUGAUGUUAGGUCAUCAUUAAUUGCAACUGGAAUUUUUGCAUUGACUAGAAAAUUUCUGAGCACACCAUUGUCAACUUCAGUGCCAAGUGGUUCGACCAUAGAUGAUGACGAUGAUGAAGUAGUGAGCAGCAUGAAUACACCAUCAUUGAGUAAUAUUUUAAUUCCAAAUCAUUUUGGUGAGAGUGGUGACUCCAAUCUCAAACCAGGAAGUAGUUACAAUCGUAUGGAUGCUAGUAGUGGAAAUUUAUCAAACUUUGGAUCAUUGUUGCAUGCUUCGAGUUAUAGUUUUGGAGAAAAUCAAGAGUUGAGAUUGUCUGGAACCUCAAAAUGUCUCCUCACAGCAGGCGACUCUAGUGAAUUACUCUUUAAUAAUAGUAUUUCUCUAUACCAGAGAAUCAAAGAGGACAUGAAUGCAGAUGAUCAAAAGCUUCCAGGAAUUGAUUCCUAUGAUCAGCCACCUCUUCCUGUUCAGGAAAAACCAACAAUUCCAAUAAUGAUAACUAAAGAGCAAAAAACAGUACAACCUGAACCUUUGAUUAAUAUUGUUAAACCACCUCCAACCGAACAAGAUAAUACAUCUGAAAAAGGAAAACCAAUUGGAAAAGAAUCUAAAUUCUUAAAUAUUAAUAAUAGUUUGGAAAAUAAUAAUAGUAGUCACACUCCAAUGAAAAACUCAAUGGCAUACACAUACGGUAGCAGUGCAGAUGAUACACAAAACGAUUGUUUCACUCCAAAUUUAAGACAUCGCUUCUCUCUUGGAUCGAUGAUAACUCCCUCAUUUGGUGGAUCAAUUUUGAAUAAUAUUGAAGAAGGAGGUGGGCUAGAUAUUAUUGAACCUAGUUUACCAAGAGAGGAAAAUUUUGGUACCAAGUAUUCCAAUGAUUCAAGAAGAUUUUCAACUGGAAGUUUAAUAUCACCAAGCCCUCUCACUGAUCCACAUGCUGUUAAUGCCCAACAAAUUUCUCAACUUCAACAAUUAUUGAGAGAGAACAACAACUCUUAUUCUCGCUCAUUUGAAGAAUCUGAAAUUACAUCAUCUAGUUAUUCGGAAUAUUCAGCACGUGAGGUAGAACAAGAGGAAGAUCAUGGUACCAAAAGAAAGAGAAAACCAAGAGACAAUUAUGUCGUAGAAAAGAAACAGAAAGAUUAUCCAAUGAGUCCUCAUCUUUACAUGAAUCAAAUUAUUCAACAACAACACAAUCAAGCAGCUCAGCAACAACCUAACCUUGAACAAUUCAAUUCUCAUGAUCUUAUCAAUUCCACCACAAAUGUACCAUAUAACAAUAACCAGUUACAGAGAUCUAUGAAUGUAGCUAACAAUAUGAACAAUCCACAUUUACAAACUUUCCAUAAUCUUCAACAAUUUUCCCAACAAAACAAUAGACAGUCACCAGUUCAACAAGGUGAAGAUGAAAAGUCGAAUGGCAAGAACAAACUUUUUGGAUUUUUUGGAAAAGUAUUCAAGAGGAAUUCUGUCAUUUCGAAUAAUGGUCAAAACAGUCAAGUAUCACAACAAGAGCAAAAUCUUUAUCAGCAAAAUGCUCUGUUUAAUCAAAUGCAAUUCCAACAAUUUACACAGCAGCCAACAGUCCAACAACAAUUUUCUCAACCUGCCAACGUUCCAAUCGUUUCCAAUCAACAAGAUGAUUACACUAUGAAUAUUGAUAGAAGUUUGAGCAAUCUUUCUCUUACCAACGAAGAUGAAAGCUAUACUCAACUCCUCACCAAUCCACAACAACUCCAACAAGUUCAACAACAGCCAAUAAUUAACAAUACUAAUGUCCAAAUUCCUCAAUCUCAUACCAUUUUUGUAAAUCAAAACAGUCAAAACAAUCAAAACAAUCAAAACAAUCAACAACAAUUCAUCAAUUUUAAUCAAUUUCAAAAUCCAGUCACAAAUCAAUUUAAUAAUCAACAGUUCAAUAACCAAUAUGUCAAUAAUAAUACUCUCCAACAAAUGCAGCUUAAUUUCUACCCUCAACAACAAAAUAUUUUGCAAACACCAAACUAUAUUCAAAAUGGUAAUAUGAACUAUAAUGUCAUUAACAACAAUGGAUUCAAGAUGCAAAACAUGCAAAAUCUUCAACAAAAUAUUCCACAAAACAUGCAGUUCAAUCAACAACCACAACAACAAUUGGAUUUAUCCUAUCACUCUAAUGCAUUGCUCGAACAACAGCAACAACAACAGCCACAAUAUAAUGCACCAACAAGUCCAAGACAAUUGUUGGCUACUAACAUUACCAAUGCCAUGAAUACUAGUUUGCUUAAUCCACCAAAUUACUCACCAUCCAUAUCUUCACAAGGUCAAUCAACACCAAGUACAGCAACCACAACAACAAGAACUCACCUGUUAAGGUUGAAUAUUGAUUCUAGUAGUAAUGAGACCAUGUCUAUUAAUCACUUUGUCAAUAGCUCUUCAACACUUGAAGACGAGUUGGCUGAGUUGGAUGAUGACGAUGAUGAUGAAGUAGGAUUGUCUAAAGGAGUUACAAAGGAGAAUGCUACCAAAAACUCAAAAGGUGAAUAUGUAUGUGAUGCUUGUGGAAAGGAGUUUGCCCAAUUUGCCAAUCUUAAACGCCACUUGAGACUUCACUCUGGCAACAAACCUUACACUUGCACAUUUGAGGGAUGUAACAAGAAGUUUGUUCGUCGUUCUGAUUUACAAACUCACAUGAGAAUUCACACAGGAGAACGACCAUACGUUUGCAAUGUUGAAGGUUGUGGAAAGACAUUUACUACUUGUUCCAACUUGAGAAGACAUGAACGUUCAGUUCACACAAAUCCUUCCAAAAAGAAAUAAAGAAUAAUUUAAGGUUUAUUCGAUAAA